AUGCUUUUCUGCACCAUUAACGAUUUCCCGGCGUACGGUAACUUAUCUGGGUAUAAGAAUAAAGGUAAGAAAGCAUGUCCGAUAUGUAUGCAUGACAUGGAAUCCACAUUCAUUCCUAAUUGCAAACAUGUCUACAUGCCCCACCGAAAGUUCUUACGACCCGACCAUCCUUUUCGUAAGAAGAAGAAGGCAUUUUAUGGGUCUGUUGAAGAGGGUGUAGCUCGUAGACCAUUGACUGGUAAAGAGGUUUAUGAGCAACUAAAGGGUGUUGAAACGAUCUUUGGUAAAACAAUGAAAGAGAAGAAAGGAUUAUGGAAAAAGGAGUCUGUCUUUUGGACACUCCCUUACUGGAAAGACCUAAAGGUUCGACAUUGUCUCGACGUCAUGCAUAUAGAAAAAAAUGUAUGCGAUGCUAUUCUUGCGACGCUUAUGAAUAUUCCCAAUAAGACAAAGGAUAACAAGGUCUCACGAUUGUACUUGGAAGAAAAGGAGUUCGCCAGAGUGGCUCAGGACAAGAAAGGUAAGAAGAGGAAGAAAUCAGAAAAAGAAACAAAUAUUGAGGAAGACAAUAAGGGGAAAGAAUCAGAAGAAAACAGAAAUCUCGAGAAAGUUAAGGUUCCGUCGGGGUACGCAUCUAAUAUGAAAAGAUUUGUAUCUUUGAAUGGCGAGUUAAAAUUAGGGUUUAUGAAAUCUCAUGAUUGCCAUGUUAUGAUGCAAGUAUUUUUACCGAUUGCUAUUCGUGGGAUACUACCAAAACAUGUGAGCAAAGUGCUUGAUCCGACAAGACUUGAUGCUCUUCAAGCUGAUGUGGUAGAGACUCUUUGCAAGUUUGAAAUGUAUUUCCCACCUGCAUUCUUUGACAUAAUGGUUCAUCUUAUCGUCCAUCUAGUUCGUGAAAUAAAGCUUUGUGGUCCAGUGUUUUUGAGGUGGUGUUAUCCUUUUGAAAGACGAAUGGGUACUUUACAAGAUAAAGUGAGGAAUCCUGCACAACCUGAAGCUAGUAUCAUUCAAGGCACCGUGGGCGAUGAAGUUGGUAAUUUUGUAGCCGAGUAUUUGGCUAGUGCUGAACCUAUCGGACUUCCUACAUCUCGACAUGAUGGAAGACUUGAAGGCCACGGUACGAUUGGCUCAAAAUUAGUCACACCGCCAAGGGAUAGGCGCCUACAAGAACACUUAUAUGUGUUGCAUCACGUUGCAGCAGUGCAUUCGUAUUUGGCUGAGCAUAUGGAGGUGCUACGAGCUGAAAAUCCUUCCAAAGGGGAUAGGGCAUUGAUCCAGUUGCACAAUAAGACGUUUAUUGAUUGGUUUCAUGAUCGAGUAAUAUGUCAACAACAAGAUGAUGUAUCUGAAACUAUUAAGUGGUUAGCAUUUGGUCCUCGUGAAGCUAUCAACAAAUAUGAGGGGUAUGAUAUCAACGGAUUUACAUUUUGGAGUGAAGGUCAAGAUGAAAAGUCAUCAUCACUGCAAAGUAGUGGUGUUUCCGUUUUGGCGUCAUCUACAUUUUAUGCGAGCGCUAAGGAUCGGAAUCCGGUGGAUGCCAAACUGUUACACUAUGGGCGAAUUCAAGAAAUAUGGGAGCUUAACUACUCUAGUUUCAAGGUUGGUCUGUUCUGUUGCAAAUGGAUAGGUAAUAAUCGACGUUUUGUAAGAAAGGAUGACCCUUGUGGAUUCACUCUUGUAGACUUGGGUCAUUUGCGUGAAAGUGACGAGCCAUUUAUACUUGCAACACAUGCUAAGCAAGUAUUCUAUGUAAGAGACCUUGCUGAUCAUAAGUGGUGUAUUGUUGUACCGGGAAAAAGAAGUAUCCUUGGCAUUGGCGAUGUUGAUGAUGAGGAAGAAUAUGAUGCUUUUGAUGAUAGCCCGCCUUUCAUCAAUCCCAAAAUCGAUGUAACACGCGAUGCAGAUGUCGACACAAAUUAUAUGCGUCUUGAGUUCUAUGCUCAAAUGUUUCUUUUGAAAUUUGUGGCUUUCGUGAUUCUGAAAAAGCUGGAAAAAGGUGUAGAUGGGCUAUUUGAUAGCUUUGCAAGGUUAGAUUCGCGCAUCUCAAGCGUUGGACAGAGUGCAGCUAAAAUUGGAGAUCAUCUACAGGUUAGUGCCAUUUUCUUGAAAGCUAUGUUUUAUGUAUCUCCUGGUAAUGCAACAAUCCAGCUUGAUAAGCCUAAUAAAUGUUGGCCUAAAAGAUUCAUUCCAUAA